CCCCCUGCCCCGUCCCUCUUCCCCCCGGCCCCCUGCUCCGUCCCUCCCCGCCGCCCCCCUCGGCCACCAUGAACACGAACGUGUGCGUGGAGAGCGGCCCCAACCCCGAGGCGCCGGGGCUGCCCAAGGACAGCCACCUGCCCGAGGGGGCCCUCAACAGCCUUGUGGAUUACAACUCGGAGAUGGAGAGGUACCGCUCCUUCGCCACCUUCUACAAGACCAACGGCGGCGCCUUCCCCCAGGCGGCCAAGAUCGCCCGCAUCACCACUCCGAUCUUCCCCAGCGCCGCCGCCGCCGCCGCCGCCCGCAUCGGCAUGUCCCCCUGGAACUGCGACACCGCCACGGCCGCCGCCGCCACCGCCAUGCUCUGGGGCAGCGGCGGCGGCGGCGCGGCGGGAGGCGCGAGGAAGCCCUCCUCCUCCUCCUCCUCCUCCGCCGCCGCCGCCGCCUCCGCGGCCGCCGCCGCCUCCUCGCUGCACGCCGGCAGGGGCGGCAUGCACCACCGGAGCGACGCGCAGCGGCUGGGCAAGCCCGGCUGCCCGCCGGCCGAGCAGCCCACCCUGCCCAUGGCCAACGGCAACUUCCUCUCCACCCUCUCCCCCGAGCACUGCCGGCCGCUGGCCGGCGAGUGCAUGAACAAGCUCAAGUGUGGCGCCGCCGAAGCCGAGAUCAUGAACCUCCCCGAGCGCGUCGGCACCUUCUCGGCCAUCCCGGCGCUGGGCGGCCUCUCCCUGCCCCCCGGGGUCAUCGUCAUGACGGCCCUGCACUCCCCCGCCGCGGCCUCGGCCGCCGUCACAGACAGCGCCUUCCAGAUCGCCAACCUGGCGGACUGCCCGCAGAGCCACGCCUCGGCCUCGCCCGCCUCCGCCCUGGGCGCCGCCGCCGGCGCGGGGGGCGGCGGAGGCGGCGGCGGCGGCGGCGGAGGAGGGGGGGGGGGGGCCGGAGGCGGCGGCGGCGGGGCCGGGGCGGGCAACCCCGCCAAGAAGAAGCGGAAACGCUGCGGGGUGUGCGUGCCCUGCAAGCGGCUCAUCAACUGUGGAGUCUGCAGCAGUUGCAGGAACCGCAAAACGGGACACCAGAUCUGCAAAUUUAGGAAAUGUGAAGAGCUUAAGAAAAAACCGGGCACUUCGCUAGAGGUCAGAGGAGAUGAUUUCUUUUUCCCCAGCCUCCCGCCGUCCCUCCUCAACCCCCUGCCCCCUCCCCUCCAGUGCUUCUUGUCUAGCUUCAAGAUGCAGCAUCCCUUUUCCGAGGCCUCCUUCAGGCUCUGAGGGUGCCCCCCGCCGCGGGCGCGGCCCCCCGCGGCGCUGCCCGCCCCCUUUCCGCCCCGCAGGGAAGAGAAACGCCGCCCCCCGCGGCGCCCGCCGGGCCCGGCGCUGCCCGCGCUCGCCAGCCCCGCCGAGGAGGGACGGAGGGCGAGCGGGCGAGUCGCCCCCGCCACGGGCCACCGUGCCUGGCCGCUCAGAUCCGGAGGCCGGUCCGGGGGUGUCGGCCCCGGCCAGCCCGUGGCCGUUUCGAGACGCUGCUCACCUGGUUUACCUGCCGUGCUCUUUCUAGAAGACUGCUGGCUGUCUCUUGUUUCUUUUUUAUUCUUUCCCCCCCCCCGUUUGAAUCGCGAUCAUGAGGAUGCGGGGCUGU